UGGCCUAUUUGUGUAGCUCCGCCCUGCACCACCUGGUGCUGAUUUAAAGGUCUUUCCAACUACGAGGCCUAAUAUGUGGUUAAGUCAGCAUGACAACACACAUUGAAACCCUACUUCAAAGUCCUUUGGAAUCAAGGGGGUUGUCUUUCCCCCCAUGGCCCAACCCUGAGCUACCACAAGACAUGAAGCUCAGGCUGCCGCUUCCCCCUGGAAGCCCAGAGCCCUGGCUUCUCCCAGGCUGCAGCUCGGUAUAUGACAGCCUGGUCAGCUCUAGGACGCCCCAGUCCCCUAUGAGCGGAGACCAGAAUACCGCUACUGUGAACAAAGCUCGCAGAUCCUCUAUUCUUGAGAGGUGCAUCCUGAAGAUUUCUACAGCUAAUGUUGCUGUUGGGACGGAGGAUCUAGAUGAGCUCAAGAGCUCCCCAACAAGGCUCCGAUGGCGUUCUCAAAAUGUGGACCCAUCGUUUUUUGAGACAAAUGAGUCUGUGUUAAAGCGAAGACAAAAGCAGAUUCAGUAUGGAAAGAACACUUGUGGUUACCAGAACUAUGUGAAGCAGGUGCCAAAGCGUUUUCGCAUCCCUGGGUUUCACCCAUCCACUCCCAACAAAUAUCGCAAAUAUAGCCGAAGAUCUUGGGACAUGCAAGUCCGUCUUUGGCGGCGAGCUCUGCAUGCGUGGGACCCACCUUUGACUUCUCAAGAAAAUGAAGGAAAUGAUCCAGUUGAUCAACUGCAGGGUUUGCUUGAGCAAAUGAACACUGACCUUGGUGAAGAAGGAAAAAGAGAAAAGGCAAGGAAGGUUGAAACCGCUGACCCCAACAUUUCUGUACUUGCUCAACCCAGUGAGGGCUCAACCAAUGGAUUCUUGAAACCUCUCAUGUCUCAACCUGAAUUAAUAGGCCAGCAAGGACCAUCUUCCGGACUGGGCUACACAUUUAAUAGUCACUUAACUGCUGAGGAGAAUGUUUUGGGAUGGUUGAGGUUUCUCCUGGAGACUGACAACACGUGCAGUGAAACUGCCUUGCAGAGUGAACAGCCACUCUGGAGAUUUUACUGACUUACCCUGAUUUCUACAGACCAUGUCUGAAACCAUGUUUUCCAGGGAAAUGUGUACCUUUUUGUCUUGUAUCACAAGCUGUUGCAUGCACAGAGCACAUUAGCGGUGGUUAAGCAUCAAAGGGCAUCUUUGUAACAUGGAUUCAUAAUUAACCAGCACAGCAUGUUUUCACUAUUCUAUGUUCAUUGAUGUUUGUUUGUUUGUUUGUCACAAUUGUAUUUUCAAUUUCAGAGCCUUUUGUCUCACUCUACAAUCCUGCCCCUAAAAGCACUUUGUUUUGCUGUUCUCUUUUUCAAUCCAGACCCUUGGUUUCCACUUUUUUUUUGACUUAGUUGCUGGUAAUUCU